ACUCGUGAGCGCAUGAAAGCACACAGAACGCUACAGUGUUGUCGUCGGGGAUGACAGAUCACAAUGGCUGUGUUCAAACAGCAGCAGGUCGAGGAUUUCUUUGAGAUUGGAGAGGAACUUGGGAGUGGGCAGUUUGCAAUUGUAAAGCAGUGUCGUGAAAAGAGCUCGGGCCGGGAUUUUGCUGCCAAGUUUAUAAAGAAGCGUCAGAGUAAUGCUAGCCGACGAGGUGUCCUGCGAGAAGAGAUCGAGCGAGAGGUCAACAUCCUACAGCAGAUCCAUCACCCCAAUAUUGUCAUGCUGCACGACGUGUUUGAGAACAAAACAGAUGUGGUGCUGAUUUUGGAGCUGGUGUCUGGAGGAGAGCUUUUCGACUUUCUGGCACAGAAGGAGUCUUUAAGCGAGGAGGAAGCCACACAGUUUAUCAAACAGAUUUUAGAGGGCGUGCACUAUUUGCACUCAAGGAAUAUUGCUCACUUUGACCUGAAGCCUGAAAACAUCAUGCUUCUGGAUAAGAACGCGCCUCUGCCCCGAAUCAAGCUCAUUGAUUUUGGCUUGGCGCACAAGAUUGCUGAAGGGGUUGAAUUUAAAAACAUCUUUGGAACUCCAGAGUUUGUCGCUCCAGAAAUUGUGAAUUAUGAACCACUGGGACUGGAAGCAGAUAUGUGGAGUGUUGGUGUUAUCACAUAUAUUCUGUUAAGCGGUGCGUCUCCUUUCCUAGGAGAAACAAAACAGGACACCCUGGGAAACAUCUCGGCCAUGAACUAUGAGUUUGAUGAUGAAUUCUUUGGCCACACCAGUGAGCUCGCCAAGAAUUUUAUACGACAACUGCUGGAAAAAGACACCAAAAAACGACUCACAAUUCAAGAUGCCUUAAACCAUGCUUGGAUCAAGUCUAACGAGCAUAAGGAAGAUCGUAAUAAAGCCCCAGAGAGGAAGAGAGAGCGCAGGCAGCUGAAGACGAAGCGUCUCAAAGAGUACACCAUCAAGUCCCACUCCAGCAUGCCUCCGAACAACACCUACAUCAACUUCGAGCGCUUCGCACAAGUGGAAGAGGACGUGUCGGCCAUGGAGGGCACAUUCUGCCAGCUGGCAUCAGCCCACGAUUCCCUGCAGGAGGACAUCGAUGCACUUGUGUCCAUCUACAAUGAGAAGGAGAUGUGGUACAAAGAAGAAAGCGAAAGCAUCAGGCAUGAGCUGUCCCAGCUGCGCUAUGAGUUUCGUAAAGUGGAAGCCCAGAGACGCGGCGUUCACGAAGAGAUGAGGAGCGUGGAUGCCAGUGUUAACAGAGUGAGCGAGAAAUAUAAGGAAAGACAGAGCCGUUUCGAUGCUCUACAGAAGGAACUGUGCACUGAGCUGCAGUGGGUUCAGGAGGUGGUGGGUUCCUUUCAGGUCAGCUUCCCAAACUGUAGCUUUAGCAGCGUGUUUAAUACUGAUGUCAAUGAAGCACUGAAAGAGCUGUUGAAUAGAUCCUGUGGAGGAGACCUGCUGACGGGCAACAACCUGGACCAGCAGAGAUGACCACUGUUAUUGGUCACAUGUGUAAGGAAUAAUCAAUAACAAGAUGCAAUUAUUAGAAAAAAAAUGCUCCGCUGAAGUGGUGAUGCGGGCACAGAGUAAAGCAGGUUUUAAAAAUGCAUUAUAUUUGAAAAUUUCAACAGACCACAGUCAA